AUCAAAAAUUCGAACAGUCUGCGGUCUCGUCUUGCGCUUUCGUAGUGCCGGCCUGUGGUUUUGCGAAGAAGUGUAAAUUUGCGCAGACUUUGCAAGAAGGACAUUGCAGAAAUAAUGGCUGAGGCAACUGAAGGCGCCAGCAAUGUCCAGGUAGAUCCGGCUGUAGUGGACCGGUUGUUGCUGCAGGGUGCCACCCUAGUGUUUUUGGACGUGCCACCCGGCACCGAGUUUGGCCUUGACAUGUCCACAAACGUGGUUGGGGACAAGUUUCGGGGCGUUAAAUUAAUUCCUGCAGGCUUGCAUUUUGUGCACUACAGCGCCGUGAGCAAGACUGGCACAGCUGCACCCCGCACUGGCUUCUUCCACUACUUUGAGAAAGGCGAAAUGCUCGUCAAGAAGUGGGACAAAGCCACUGAGGACAUAUCGCCAGAGCCAGUGGAGAAGGACGAGGUGGAGCGUCUGCGCUGUAACUUGAGAGGCGACCUGGACCAGUACCUGGCUGUGUUUGCGUACGCCGAGUGGCGCCGCUGGAUUUCCCUCACAAAGCACGUCAGCAGGGGAGUGCUGGAGCGGCUGCAGCCCGAGAGGAGUGUCAUCUAUUCGGCCACGCCUUUUGAGCCGCUCGACUUCUGUUCGCGUCGAGGUGGCGACCUGGCCUCGGUCGAUUCCAGGGGUGACUGUGGCGAGGACAUCAGGCUGUCCGAGAGGGCCAGGGAGCUGCUCGAGCUGAAAGAGGUGCCCGAGUGCAGGAUACGUUACACAGAGAUCCCCAAGAAGAGGCACCCGAGUGACUCGACACCAGCGGAGAUCACCAAGCACGGUAUGGACUCGAGCUAUGUGUUGGAGCAGCUGCUAGCUACCUGGCCGCACAAGGAGGACCUGCUGGGUGAACUGCAGUUUGUGUUUGUGUGCUUUCUGGUGGGGCACGUCUAUCCGUGCUUUGAACAAUGGCAGAAACUCGUGCGCAUCUUCUGCACGAGCAGCGAGGCCAUCGACCGGCAUCCAGAUCUCUUCAGCAACCUGGUCUCCGUGUUGCACUUUCAGCUGCGCGAGGUCCCCUGCGACUUCUUUGUUGACAUUGUGUCCAGAAAGAACUUUCUCACCGAGGCCCUGGCCUCGCUCUUCCGAAACAUCGCAGAGUCUAAUCUGCCCGACGAUUCACCGACGACGUUAAAGAUGAAGGCCAACCGUUUCAAGAUAAGUUUGACCAAGUUGAUGGGCUGGAGCUUCGAGCAAGAAGUGCCCGAGGAAGAAUGUCCUGUUGUGGUGGAAUUGCCGGGCGGAAACUGAAACGCUGUGACUGUGAGGACAACAACAUGUGGGAAAGAAUGGAGUUUCACAGACAUGCCAAUUUAGGAACAGGAAAGCUAUCAGCUACCUCUUGUUCUGUUCUACUAUCUUGAAAUGUUGGCUUGACAUGUGAUAGUGUUAAUUCAGAAAUGGGGCACUACCACUAUGACUCUGGUUUGCAAACUACUCGAGUGGCAUGCUACAAUUUCUUGGAGAUUGGGUCAGUGUGUAAUCGAUGAACAAGACUAAGGUGGCUGGUCAGCUGGCUCAUUAGAAAUGCCGUAAAUGCAUGUGUAACUAUGCAGAGUAGUACUGGUACAGAAGAUAUGACAAAUGUUUGUGACACAUCUGCUGGUAAUUUGUGUAUGUUAUCACCUUUUAUGUGUUUUAUGUGCCGAACACUUUGGCUAAAAUUCUUCAAAGUGCUAGACAAAAGUAGCUUUCUAUUGAAAGUAAUUUCUAUUGGAAGCACAUUUUUAGUGUGCGCACUGCUAAGCAGUUGGUGGUGAUUCAAUUCUUGACAUUGCGAGUGAUUUUAACCAUUGGCUGUAUACAUGUAGUACUGGACAGAAAUGACACACUUUUAUGUAAAAGAGAGUGGUUUUCUAUAAACAAGCUUUUCUUCUAAAGCAUCAGCAAUGCAGUUUGAAGACUAAGGCAAUAAUAAACAAAAAAAACAAACAAAAUAAUGUUUGGGUAAGUGUAAAAAAAAGCCUUCACAGAGGAUAAGAAGUGUUGAAUCAAGAAGCAGGAAUUUUUUCUUCUUUUUGAGGUGACAGUACCAUGAAGCACGCCAGUAUCCGAUUUGCGAUAUGGCAGUGCUUUUCAUUGCUGUAACUGUGCUUGCAGGCUGCUGAUGCAUUUGUCAUUCGACAUUGAAUGAAAAGUUUGAGUGAGAGUCCAUUUGUCAUUGUGUUUUCAUUAUUUCACGAUUCCACUUUGCUAAAAAUCUUUUCAUGACACAGAGUAUUACAAAGAGGAACUUGUGGGAACCUCAUUCUAAUCAAGUAUGGCAGUACUGCACAAACAAGUGCCUUCGAUCCAUCCCCAUAAAUGUGUGCUACCCCAAAUGAGCAGUACUUUCGUUUCUUUGACUAUUCUCAGUAACUAAUUGUAUGUGCCAUUGCAUCCUAUGCAAUGGUCUUUUUUUCAAUGAUGGGACCAUGCACAAGGUACUUGUGCAGUGUGCUAAUCAUUUAAUGUAUUGGUCUUGUAAAAUAUUAACAUAUGAUCUACAAAUUACAUUAAGAAACAAAAUGAAUUAGCCUAUUGAAAUGGAUUUCUCAGCGAUCACUAGUCAGCACUUGUCGACUUCAUGUUGUGUGUUUGGUGGUUUGUCAGAAUGUUUAAUUUCAUUUACUCAGUUCAUUUGCUGUGAUAGCCGUUACUACUGCUUUGUGGGCAUAAGCCCUGGCGGAGGUAAACGUAAUGCGCCAUUGUGUGCGAGACUAAUUUCUGAAAUGUUUUCUCGCUGUACACCUUGCGUGUUCUCACUGUAAUAAAACCUGGUUGUUGACGUGU